GGGGGCCGAGGGAGCCAACCAGCUAACACGGAGGGUUAAAACGCGUUCGCUUGGUCAUUCUUGUUGCUGGAACGCCGAGGAACGGUGGCCGCAGGGUUUCCCUUACGAAUCUCCUCCGGGAAAAGAGAAAGGAUUUCCUUCGAUUCCGAUCACAACCCCGUUGCGUAAACGCGACGCUUUUGAAUACGUCCUUGGGACACCGUUCCGUGUACCGUAGAACGCCCGGCAAUGGAGAGUGGGAGGUUGGAUUUAGAUAGUGCCGAGGCGAACGGUGUCGCGAAAGAAGCGGCAGUUGUUGCCACGUACAAGGCGCUUCCGGACGAGGACAAGCGCGAACCGCCGAAAGAGAACACCAUGGGGAAGCCGAACAACGAGACCGAGAUCAACGAUGGGGCCCACGAGAAGAUGCUCAAGGAGGAGAACAAAGUCGCCCCGACGAAAGACACGACCGAGGUGAAAUUUAUUUCCGAGAAUGGGGACACCAAAAUUGAUAUCGAGACGGUCAAGCAAGCUCUGUCUGGAAUGGGCAAAGAGGAGUUAAUGAAAUUUGCUAAUGAUCCAUUUUGGGUUCGGUUGAGAUGGUUUUUGUUCAUCACCUUUUGGCUGCUGUGGGCUUCUAUGUUGGUGGGUGCCAUAGCCAUUGUAGUGAUGGCUCCAAAAUGUUCAGCACCCAAACCGAAAGAAUGGUGGGAGAAGAGUCCUAUCGUCCAGCUCGAUCCGACAGAGACUAGCACGCGCAAUUUGAAAGGAGUGGAAGCUCUGUUGGAUACGUUGAAAGCGCAACAUAUAGAUGCAAUUUCUCUUGCAUCGAUCGUUAAAGGAAGCACGACGGAAGGACCGGAAGAUUUUAUGGAUAUUAAUCCACAAGUGGGAACUGUCGGCGACUUAGAAACUCUAACAAAGGCUGCGAAAGAGCGAGACCAAUACAUCAUUUUGGAAUUGGAUCCCACUCACACGUCGACCGAACAUCCAUGGUUUACGAGCUCUCUUGCAAAAGAAGAUCCGUUCACAUCCUAUUAUGUUUGGGCCGAUGGAAAAACUACAUCAGAUGGCAGACGUAAUCCACCUAAUAAUUGGUUGAGCGUAUUUGGAGGAUCUGCUUGGGAAUGGAACGACCAAAGGGGACAAUAUUAUCUGCAUCAGUUUAAUAGCACCCAACCUGCAUUAAAUUACAAUAAUCCAACCGUAGUUACUGAAUUUGCUAAUGUUCUGACUCACUGGCUGAAAUUGGGAGUCAGCGGUUUCCGAUUAGCUAAUACUCAAUACUUGACUAUACAACCAGAACUUCAUGACGAGUAUAGAAGUACUACACUCACUGCUGUAGAUAAUUAUGAUUCGUUAGUACAUGUUCACACAAGAGAUCGUACGGAGAACGCUGCGAUCUUUUCACAAUGGCGAGAAAGGGUUUUCAAUGAAACCGAUAAUAAAGGGUUGUUUGCUCUUCAAGACGACAUUGGAACCAAUAUUUUACAGGUUUACAAUGAGAAGAAAAGACUGAUCCAUAUCCCACAAAACUCACAGUUCCUGAUCACAGCUAACGAUAGCAUAAAUUCCACAACAUUGCGUAAAGGUAUCUCGCAGUGGCUGAAUGUGACUUCAUGGCCUGGUUGGGAUCUAAACGGUAAAAAGAGUACUUUGAGGCAGAGAAUGCAUCCAGACAUAGCAGACAGCAUAACGCUCAUGACUUUACUUUUACCUGGUACUCCAAUCCUCACGUUAAAUGAUACCCUAUCAGCGAAGGAUGCAUUUGCAACUUUAGCCAAAGAACGCGAGAGCGCAACAUUCCUUUAUGGAGACAAGAUGUUUUUGACUGUCAAUAAAACUGUGUUCGUUUACACAAGGAGCUGGUUGAAGAGCGGCAACCCUGGCUAUUUGGUAGCAUAUCAAACAGCAGAGGAAUCAAUUGUAGUGGAUUUGUCCACGUUACCGCAAGUUUCAAGCGAAGUUAGUGUCGUAGCACACAGUCCUAAUUACGUGCAGGACGGUGAUACAAUAAGAACAAAGUUGUCCUCUAAUAAGGUUCCUAUAUCCGCGAAGAGCACCGUUGUCUUAACGUUCGUUCCGAAAAAAUAAGUUCGUCGUGACACAAUCAAUCACUCAUAUGUACGAAGCAUAAUCGUUUGCUUAUUGUGUCGUGUAACAACAUUUAUUAAACUCAAUCAUGUAUUCGUUUCGCCAAUUGCAAGUGUGUAAUUAAAUAUGAAUGUAGCAAGAA